AUGACUGCCGAUACAGACUACAGCGUUCCCGGCGUCGCCACCGAGACGUUCGUCGAGCUGCUCAACGAUCCGCGACUCGCCAUCCCCGACGCCGUCAAGGAAGCCGCCAAGAAGGUGUCGUUUGACGGCACUGCCGUCCCCUUCCUGUGUGUGCCGUCCAAGUUCGCCGAGGCAAUAGCAGCCGUCAAGGGCCUUGAAGCUGCGUUUGCCGGGGCCAUUGCUCAGCAGCGGUUCAACGUCGAUGCCGGCCAGGUGGUCAUUGACACCGACCACGCUGCUCUGUUCGUGUUCAGUGCCUUUUCGACUACGCUCAAUGGCAAGCCAAGCCUCGACCGCGCUGCCUCGGCGCACCUCCGCGACACGGACAUUCACGACAGCGGAAAGCAUCGCUACCGUCAGAUGGCCACCAACAUCUACAAGACAAAGGACGGGCGCUACUUUCACCUCCACGGCAGCAUGAACGCACGCCCGUCCAUGACAAUGGUCGGCGUCGAUCCCGAGAGGACGGAAAUCACCGACGCUGAGGAAAUCCGCAAGAUCUACGGCGACGCGGUGGCCAAGUGGAAUGCUGAGGACAUUGACAAGGCUGCCAACGAAGAGUACCGCCAGGCAGGAACAAUCUGUUACACUUGGGACGAGUUCAAGCAGCUCGAGCAGGGCAAGGCCAUCAUCAACUGCCCGAUCUACGAGCUUUCAGAAGUCGCACCUACACCUCCUGUUGCAUGGCCUCCUGCCACCAAGCAGAUGGCUCUCUCAGGCAUCAAGGUCCUCGAGCUCACUCGUGUGAUUGCCGGCCCCGCUGUCGGCAAGGGUCUGGCGGAACACGGCGCCACGGUCUUGCGCAUCACCUCGUCCACACUUCCCGACCUGGGUAUUCUCAACCCCGAUCUUAGCCAGGGCAAGUACAACGCCGACCUCAACCUCAAGACACCCGAGGGCAAGCGGAUCCUCGCCGAGCUCAUCAAGGACGCCGACGUGUUCAUCGACGGCUACCGCCCAGGCUGCGUUGCCGGUCUCGGGUUUGGUCGCGAGCAAGUGCGCAAGCUCAACCCCAACAUCAUCCACGUCCGUGAGAACUGCUACGGAUGGCACGGACCGUGGCAGGGCCGCUCGGGCUGGCAACAGGUCUCAGACUGCUUGACUGGCCUGUCGAGGGUGUUUGGAGAAAGCCUCGGCCUUGACGAGCCCGUCGUGCCCAUCUUCCCCAACUCGGACUUUGGCGCGGGGGCCAGCGGCCUCGUCGGCGCCAUGCACGCACUCUACCUGCGCGCAACAAAGGGUGGUGUGUUCGACCUCGACCUCUCCCUUUCAUACUACAACGUCUUCCUCAUGGGGCUCGGCACAUACCCGGACGAGGUGUAUGCCAAGGUCAAGACCAAGGUGCCCCUGCGUCACGACUGGGAUAUGACCACGUCGCUGCCCAUUGUCAUCCCAGAGCUCGUUGUAGCGAGGCCCGAUGUUUUCAUGAGCCCCAAGUUUUGGCACACGCUGGACGCCCCAGCUCUGUCGGGCAAGAUCCGCACCGUUGCCCCAGUCAUCAAGUUCUCCGGGCCCAUUGAAGUGAUCGUGCAGCGCGGCCCCGUUCAGAAUGGUGAUGACCCCGCCGAGUGGCCCAAAGCUUAG